CUAAAACUUUACCACUCCCAAAUGGCAACUGGAUUCAAAUUGCCUGAUUUACCUCCCGUAAAAUCAGCAUGGGGUCCUCAUGAAACUGAGCAGUUUAGUGAAGACGUCCCUUAUGCUCCUUUCAGCAAAGGUGACCGUCUAGGUAAAAUUGCAGACUGGUCGGUUGAACAACCCAAAGAUGGUCGUGAACAAAGAGGCCGUCAAGGAGCUUUCGCUAAUCGUUUCCGUGACCAAUAUCAAACUUAUGGUCAUGGUGCCGCCUCCGUUUUUGCUUAUCAACACUCUGAAGAUGAAUCGUCCUUCUCUGUAAUUGAUCGGGGCUCUGUCAACCGUGUCCGUACCUCUGCUCGUAAUGGCGGAACUUUGUUGAAGGUACGUGGCCGUGGUGGUCAAAAUAACCAGCGUACUGGUGCUCGCGGUGGACGUUUCGGUGGAGGAGCUGGACGCGGCAAUGAAACUGUCAUGACUCGUGCUUCUGGCGGUGGUGGUGCUAGAGGUCGUCGUUUUGGUUGGAAAGAUUACGAUAAGCAUCAACGUGUCCGUAAUGCCAGUGUUACUGUCGGUAAUGAAUGGGAGUUGCUUGAGGAAGUUGAGUUUAGUCAUUUGUCCAAGCUCAACUUGGCUGCUUCUUCUCCAGAGACCGUGGACACUUACGGUUAUGUUUACCCUUAUGAUAAGUCUUUUGACAAGGUGCACGUCAAAUCCGAGAAGCCCUUGCAGGCUUUGGAUCGCGUUCACUAUAAUCCUACCACUACUGAAGAUCCUGUCAUCCAAAAGCUUGCUGUUUCGAGUGAAGCCAAUAUAUUUAUCACCGAUAGUAUCUUGUCAUUGUUGAUGUGCUCUACUCGUUCCGUUCACCCAUGGGAUAUCGUUAUUACCCGUCAAAGUGGCAAACUUUUCUUUGACAAGCGUGAAGGUGGUCCUUUCGAUUACCUUACCGUAAACGAGAAUGCUUAUGACUCUCCUAUGGAUGCUGAUGACCGUGAAGGAGUUAACUCUCCUGCUGCUUUGUCUGUUGAAGCUACUUACAUCAACCAAAACUUUUCUGUCCAAGCCAUUCGUGAAGUUGAGGAAGAAAAGCACAGCUUAAAUAAUUCCAAUCCCUUCUAUAACCCCAAUGAAGAGACUGAGCCUUUAGCUGCUCAUGGUUAUGUUUAUCGUAAGGUUGAUUUGUCUCUUGAUACCGAUGACAAACCUGUAAAUUUGAUGGUUCGUGCUGAAGUUGAUGGUUACAUGAAGACGCCUUCCAACGAAGUCCAGUAUGUCUCCAUCAAGGCUCUGAAUGAAUAUGAUCCCAAGUUUACCAAUGUUGCUGGCUCUGUGGACUGGCGCUCUAAGCUUGAAAGCCAACGUGGUGCUGUUUUUGCUACUGAGAUGAAGAAUAACAGCUGCAAGCUUGCUCGCUGGACGACUGAGGCUCUAUUAGCUGGUGUUGACAGUAUGAAGAUUGGUUUUGUUAGCCGUUCGAAUAUCCGUGAUGCACAACACCACGGUAUUCUUGGUGUUGUUGCUUAUAAGCCUGCAGAUUUGGCCAACCAAAUGAACAUGAGCUUGAGUAAUGGAUGGGGUAUUGUACGUACUAUUGCUGAUGUCUGUCUCAAGAUGCCCGAUGGCAAGUAUGUCCUUGUCAAAGAUCCUAACAGACCCAUUGUGCGUUUGUACUCUGUUCCUCCUGAAACUUUUGAGGAGCCUACUGCACCUGCUUCUGAAAUUUCAUCUUCUUGAAUUCGUUUUGUAGAUUUAUAAAAGGAUAAAAGCGUUGGAAGAGAAUAAAAUAUUUUUUAGGAAUCUGAAAAGUGGAUAAGUUUCGAAGAAAGGAACCUGUAUUUUAAGUGUGU